AUGUGGGACACGCUUGUCUGCGGGAUUUCUAUCGCUGGCAUCUUGGCCUACUGGGGGCUGAGGCGAGCGGAGGCCGGGCCAAGACUGGUCCCAAACGCUGAGUGCCACGUUGGCGAAGGAUUCGUGUCGGUCGUGGUGCCUGCGUACAACGAGGGAGAUGGGGUCAAGUUGACGCUCGCCACCAUCGAUGAGCUGGCCCAGGACAAGUCGCUGGUUGAGAUUAUCGUGGUCGAUGCAGGUUGCAAAGACCACACGAUGGACGCCGUCGCCUCCAUGAAGCUCGACGUCAAACUCAGCGGGCCCGUUCUGCAUCGACACUUCAACCCCCCCCCCCCCCCCCCAUUUACAAGGGAGGAAGGAACGAUUGGCCAUCGGUGAUCGGUACUGUGGGAACAAUGCUCCGCCCUCUCGAGGACGUGUGGUCAAUGGUCUAACCGCUAAGGCAUGCAAAACAUAAGAGUACGCC